UGCAUUAUAGAUUUUCAUUCACUACUUAUUACACCCCGUAGUUCUUGUCUUUGAUCCAAGUAGCACUUUCCUUAUCCAUUAACACUUAAUACAUAGUUUGGUUGGGAAGAAAUGAAGUCCGUAGCCACACUUCUCUUGGUGCUUAACUUUUGCAUGUAUGUCAUAGUUAUAGGCAUUGGUGCAUGGGCUAUGAAUAGAGCAAUAGAUCAUGGUUUUAUUAUAGGUCCGGAAUUAAAUCUUCCAGCUCAUUUUUCACCCAUUUUCUUCCCAAUGGGAAAUGCUUCAACUGGAUUCUUUGUUACAAUUUCUUUGUUGGCUGGAGUAAUUGGUGCUGCAUCGACAAUAUCAGGAGUCAAACAUAUCUGUUCAUGGACUGCUGAGAGCUUGCCAUCUGCUGCUUCAAUUGCUACCUUGGCUUGGACUCUUACACUGCUUGCCAUGGGAUUUGCAUGGAAAGAGAUUGAGCUUCAAAUUAGAAAUGCACGUCUGAAAACCAUGGAAGCUUUCAUAAUUAUCCUUUCAGUCACACAGCUUCUCUACAUAGUUGCUAUUCAUGGUGCUGCUGCAUAUAAUAUAUAUAUUUGAAAGGUUUCUUUUCUUUUUAUUUUGGUUGGCAUGAGGGAACGCAUGAAUGAUUGUAUUGAUUA